AUGAGCGGCAAAUACGCAUCCGACGAUCAUCUCGAGUGGGAAAAGCCCGAUUGGGCCACCAAGAAACCCAUCAAGACUACCGAAACGGGAGCCGCGAUACAGAGUGGACAGAAUCUGGCCAGUGAUAUAACCAACGCUGCGGAAGUAGCAGAUGAAAAGGGAAUUGGAUGGCAAAAACCGGCGUGGGCUACGGGAGGACCAAAGUUGAAGAGUACUGCCAAAGGACAGAAACUAAAGGACGGCAAGACCGAUCUCGCAAGGCCCAUUACGUUUCCCAAGGGAAAGAAUUAA